UGCUGAGUAGUUAGCUGUGCUCAGUAAUGUCAAAUGUUGUCUCGCAUUUUAAAUAAACCAAUUCCAAUCUGGUUUCACAAUAUACCUAUCCUAUAAUAUGUCUACCAUCUGGGAAGAAAUCAUUUCAUAUGAUCAGUCGAUGUUGGAUCUCUACACGCAACGCAAAAAGGAGAAAAGAUUACAAAAAGGGCGUGUCACAUUGACUUCGGACUACUUUGAAAAUGAAAUUUUCUCCCAGCUCAUUCCUGCUAUGCGGUCUACCCUGAACAUGGCUAUGCAGAAAUGUGCACUAAAACAUCAGAAAUGCAUCUUUAACGGAAUAGAUUGCCUUGCCGAAGUUUUGUUCAACAGGAACCCCAAGCAUACUGAUCGGGCAAAUAAUUGGACUCCAGCUUAUUUUUUAUUUUAUGAUCCCGAAACUAGUAUUCGACCGAAAUACCCAUUGUCCUGGAUAUUAACCCGGAAACAGGCUGCUCUGAUUAUACAAAAAUGGGUUCGUGGCUAUAAGGUGAGGAAACAAAAGGAAGUUCAGGAGAUGAAAGAAUUCUGGAAGGCGGUAGUUGAUGAAGGCUGGAAGCUUACAUCACGCAGGAUUCCAACUGCGCGAUGUAAAAAAAGAGAUGUGAAUGACAUUCGGUCCUUCUAAAGAUGUUCACAAAUUAGGUUUUCCACGGUCUCUAACAAAUUCGCGAAGUUUUUAUACAAUCUUUUGG